AUGAUUGAGUUGCUCAAAGGCGAUACCUCCAAUGGAGUUUCAGUCCUUUCCAUCGUCGGCAUGGGAGGGAUGGGUAAAACAACUCUUGCUCAGCUUGUUUAUAAUUAUGCCACCAUCAACCAGUCUUUUGAUCUCAAGGCCUGGGUAUGUGUUUCUGAUAAUUUUGAUACAAUUGCUAUAACAAAGCAUGCAUUGAAAGCAAGAAAUUUCAAUGGGCAUCGCCAGUUCAAAGAAAUUGGAGAGAAAAUUAUUAGAAGGUGCAGUGGCUUACCUUUGGCUGCAAAAGCUAUUGGAAGCUUGCUACGCACAGUUAAAUAUUAUCGAGAAUGGGGAAGAAUAUAUGAGAGUGAGAUAUGGAACUUACGAGAAGAGCAGUGUGGCAUAAUUCCAGCUUUGCGAUUAAGCUACCAUCAUCUUCCGUCAUACUUGAAACGAUGUUUUGCAUAUUGCUCCAUACUUCCUAAAGAUUAUGAAUUUGAAGAAGAAGAAAUUAUCUUGUUAUGGAAAGCAGAAGGUCUCUUGCAACAAAAAGCUAUGCCUCAAGUUAAAGAUAUUGGAAAUCAAUAUUUUCGAGAUCUAGUGUCGAGGUCAUUUUUUCAGAUAUCCAGUAAAGAUGAGCCCCGAUUUGUAAUGCACGACCUUAUCAAUGAUUUAGCUCAAGUAGUUGCAGGAGACAUAUGCUCCAAACUGGAGGGUAAUAUGCAAAAAAAGUUCUCAAAUCGCACUCGACAUUCUUCUUAUAUUAUCAGCAACUAUGACACAGUGAAGAAGUUUGAAGCAUUUGAUCAAAUGUCACUCUGUAGGCCUUAUUUAACUAAUGAUGUUUUGGUUGAUUUGUUGCCAAAACUUGGCUACUUAAGGGUGCUUUCUUUGAGUGGGUAUGCCAUCAUUGAGUUGCCUGAUGUUUUUGAAAAUUUAAAACAUCUUCGCUACUUAAAUUUUUCUCACACCCAAAUCAAAUGGCUACUUGAUUCUUUGUUCACUCUUUAUCAUUUGGUAACUUUAUUAUCAGAAGAUUGUUCCAAACUUCAAAGGUUACCUUCAAAGAUGGGAAAUCUUGUGAACUUGCAUUAUCUUGAUAUCAAAGGUGCCUACUUAAUAGAAAGGAUUCCUUUUAGAAUUGAUAAGCUAACGAAUCUUCAAAGGUUAUCAAAUUUUAUCAUAGGGGAAGGUGAAGGACAUAGUAUCAGAGAAUUGAAAUAUUUGUCAAAUCUCAAAGGUGAUUUUUGUCUUUCUGGGUUGGAGAACGUUAAUGGUGAAGAUGCAAGGGAAGCCAAGUUAAAUGAGAAGUAG